CAUAUCGUAUUGGGGAAAUUUGGAUUCAGAAAAUUGUUUAUGUUCAUUAAUAAUAGAUUAUGAAGUGCAUUUAUUAGGUACAUGCACCUAUACACACAAGGAAGUUAUUUACCUAUAUGUUGUAUCAUGGCGACAUCAGGUCAUGUGAAAGAAAAUGCUAUAUUUACAUGUUCUAUCUGUUUAGAGCAACUUAAGUCACCUAGAAGUCUACCAUGCUUACACACUUUCUGCUUUCAAUGUAUCAGUGAGUAUAUUUUGUCUGCUGAACGCCAUGCCGGGCAUGAAAUUGCAAAGUAUACGUGUCCUGUAUGUAGAACAAUUGUAACGCCCAAAAAUCCAGAGCAAGAUACAACACAAUGGAUUGAAUCAUUGCCACAUAAUUUUACUAUCUCUGUUUUAAUGGAAACUAAGAAAGAGCCACAGACCCAAGAAUGUCAUAUUUGUAAACGCAAACAAAAAUGUGUUUCAGCGACAAAAUGGUGUCGUGAUUGCACUGAAGCUUUUUGUGACAAUUGUUGUGAAAUGCAUGGUUUAAUGAAAUUGUCGAUGAGCCACAAAGUUGUAGACAUUAUGAGUAUUCAAACCAAUGAAUUUGGAAUCGAUUUGAGUAAAAUUUCGGACGCAUGUCCCGUUCACAGUUCUAAAGUCGUGGAAGCGUACUGUUUUGAUCACCAACAACUCUGCUGCGUGUUGUGUGUAACGUUACAACAUAGAAAGUGUGAAGAUGUCCAAGCUAUUGAAGAUAUAACAAGUAGAAAAACCGACAAGGAUUCAUUUGAAGCAAAUUUAACUAAAAUUCAAACAGCUACUGAAAACUUACUGCAAGAACAAAAAGAUGAGAAGACUAUUAUGAAUAAAUCACUGUCUACUAUUGAAAGUACCGUCAUCGACUCCGUUAAUGCUGCAAAAGGUAGAUUAGAUAGUUUGUUGGUUGUAUUUUUGAAAGAAUUAAAGAUAAUAGACGAUAAAACACAAGGCGAUCUUGAUUCAAAGUUAAAUUUGGUUGAAAAACUUUUAAAUCGCAUCAAGGAUUUUGUCCGAAUUACAACAUUUAUUCGAUCUUAUGGUUCAAAACCACAACUCUUUAUUCAUCUCGAAAAAUCCGAAAAGGAGUUUAAUUCGGAAAUCGAGAAUGCUGUAGCGUUAUUACGUCAGGUCAGUGGCGUAGAAGCAAGCUUUCUGAUUGGAAAUUCACUUCAGAGUUUGAUGGAAAUGCAGAAUCUUGGAGAAUUACAUGUUACAGAUAAUUGUAGUAAAUCUGUAACAAAGUAUGAAGGGGUAUUAUCAGAUAAUAUGAGUUUACCAGCUGGUAAAAUAUUUGAUUCUAUUCAGUUGAUAAAAAGGAAAUUAGUUCAAAAUUCUGGACAUGAUUUGAAAGGUGGUAUGUGUAUUUCAGAUCAGAUAAUGGUUCUAUGUUCGUCUGGCAUGCUGAUUGUCACCGAUAUAUUGACAGGAAAAAUAAAAACAGAAUUUGUUUUAACUAAAGGCCCUAAAAGAAUAGCAUAUGAUACCGAAAAUCAGACAUUAUAUAUUUCUUGUUACAGUAAUUAUUUCUACAGUGUUAAAUUUGAUCAGAGCUUCGGAAAACAAACACAGUUAAAAAAUAUUGCACCAUAUAAUGGUGGUGUUUGUAUUCAUCAACAUAAUCUUUAUAUGGUUGUCGGUGGUGAAAUCACGAAAAUUAAUUUAAAUCGAGGCAGUGGAUUGCAAACCGCUUUUCCAACCAAUACAGAUUGCAGAGAUCUUAACGGAUUAACGAUUGACCACAAAAAAGAUCGUUUAAUUCACACAACCAAAGAUUUUGCUGUUGUCUGCACGUCUUUUGAUGGAAAGAAAAUAUAUUCUUACAAAGAUGAUGAAAUGAAGAAAGUUACCAGUGUAACUGUCAAUUCUCUUGGGUUAAUAUUUGCUGGUGAUGAAACUGGUAUCGUACAUUUGAUAUCUGAAUAUGGGAAACAGAGAAGAACCUUACUUGACAAAUGCGAGAAAAUAACAAGAUUGUGUGAUAUCUGGGUCAAACAAAUCAUAAUCAAUAGUAUAAGAAAAUAUAGAUCAUUAGAUCUUAGAUAUAAAACAGGUUGCUUGAAAAUUUUAAAGCAGCUAAAUCUAAUCGUGAUGAACAUUUUUACCCCAUGA